AUGGCGUCACACGACAUCGUUCCUAGAGGCGAAGCCGACUUCGAUCUUUACCCUUACACGCCCUCAGCAGGCGCCGGCUACACGUUUCUCAUACUAUUCGCGAUCGGCGGCCUGACGCAUUUCAUCAUGCUCAUUCCAUUACGAAGUUGGUUCUUCAUUCCAUUCGUUCUGGGCUGCGUAGGCGAAGCAGCCGGAUACUACGGUCGCGCCUGGUCCUCGAAGAAUAUCCGACAAGGCAGUCCUUAUCUCCUUCAACUCAUGCUUAUCCUCGCGGCCGCACCACUUCUCGCAGCCACCAUCUACAUGACGCUUGGUCGCCUUAUCCGCUCUCUCGAUGCUACGCAUCACGCCGUGAUGAACCCGCGCUGGACGACGAAGAUAUACGUCAUCAUCGACAUCGGAUCCUUCGUAUGUCAGAUCAUGGGGUCUGCGAUGCAAGCUUCCGGUGACCCAGACGGAGUGAAGACUGGAACCACUGUCGUCAUCGCAGGACUGGGUACGCAAUUGGUCGCUUUCGCCUUCUUCAUCCUAAUGGCGGUGGUGUUUCAUCGAAGGUUAAACAACGAACCUACCAGCACGUCAAGGCGGACACAUGUCAAGUGGCGCCGCUACAUGUGGGCUUUGUACAGUGUCAGUGUGCUUGUCGUUGUUCGGAGCAUUUUCCGGCUGGCGGAGUUCAUCGAAGGGCCAGAGAGUAAGGUGUAUCAGACAGAGGCGUACUUAGAUCUGUCAGAAAACAUCGCCUCCAUUAUUGUCAGCAAACAGUCCAAGGAUCUCUCCAAGGCGGGAACAACCGAUGUGUAUAUCAUGAGUCGCAACUUGAACACCACCGCAGUCAACGGUACCGCAGCCAGCGGUCCGGCGUAUCUCCGCAUCUUCUUCCAUAUCGACUACCAAUCGAUUACAGUUGUUAGAGCGAAGAUCGAGAACGGGAAGAACGCGAUCGGUGCGCUUAUCGACGAGGUGGACAAGAUAAUCGAGAGCCUCAUGGAAGAUUCAUAG